UCCUAAAAAUGCUCAUAAAACUUGUUUUGCUAAAACUUGUUCUAAAUACUAGUUAUCCAAACAACCAAUUUACGUUGCAAGUUUUAAGAUAAAACUAUGGGCGAUGCUAGGCGUAAAUCGGAUGAUUUGUUACAAAUUUAGGUCGCCCCCAGAGCCGUCCGAUCUGACACUCCCAACCGCAGGAUCGGACAACACCACGACCAAGUCAUGGCAACAACUCCAAGGCAGCACCGACGGCGCCCGGGUGGCGCUCAUUGCACCUCCGACAAACCGCCGCGGCGCUUCAUUGCAACUCCGGCGAUCCCCGCGGCGCUUCAAUGCAGCGGACGUUGAUGCCACUGGAGCUGCGAUGCAGCGGCCGUGUCGUCGUCGGAGUUGCUAUGCAGCGGCCCCGACACCACCGGAGCUGCUAUGCAGCGGUCGUCGAGGCCACCGGAGCUGCAAUGCAGCGGCCGCGACACCGCCGGAGGUGCGAUGCAGUGCUCGUUGAUGCCGCUGGAGGUGCGAUGCAGCGCCCGCGACGCCGCCGGAGCUGCAAUGCAGCGGCCAUGUCGUCGUCGGAGUUCCAUUAUAGCCGCGGCCGUGCUUCAUUGCAGCUCCGAUGAAGCUCCAUUGCAACCGCG